AUAAUUGCGCAAUAAAUAGAGCCCAAUGCCACCCCUUUAUUGGAGCAGAAGAAGAAGAAAGUAAAAGCAUAGACGGAAGAGAUGAAGUGUUACGCUAAAGUCUGUGUUACAGUAGCAACUGGAUAUGUUGGUUCCUGGCUUGUUAAAAAGCUGUUACAGAGAGGCUAUACUGUCCAUGCAACAGUGAGAAACUUAGAUGACCCAUCGAAGGUAGGCUUUCUAAAGUCCCUCCCGAACGCGGAAACCAACCUGAUUCUAUUUCAAGCUGAUAUAUACAAAAACAAUGAGUUUGAGCCUGCAAUUGAAGGCUGUGAAUUUGUUUUUCACGUCGCUACUCCUUUGGAGCAUGACCCCAAAAGCUCUCAGGUAACUAGAUUCAUCGAAUCUUCAGAAUUUUCUUUUUAUUAAAUUUUAUUUUGCUGAAUUGGCUUUCCUUAUUAGAGGCCUGAGAAAUUGGAAUGCGGAAGGCGAUUAGGAACUCUUUCUCCCGCAGCAGAAAUCAGCUAGAAGAGAAGGCUGCGAUUGGUAAUAAUAUAAGGUUUUAAUAGUUGUGAUUAAUUUAAUGUCACUGUUUGUAUUGUUAUUGAAGGAUUAUUAUUUAGUA